CCUGCCCGGCACUCUCACACUGCUGUCGAGUGGAGGGGGCGCAUGCUGAUCUUUGGUGGUCAGUUGGCAAACGGCUCGCUGGCCAGUGAUGUCUGGCUGUACGAGGCUGUCCCUGAGAGCUGGAAGCUGCUGUUGGCAUCGACCUCACUAACUCCACCAGGACUAGCUUCACAUGCAGCUACAGUCGUUGAUCAGUAUCUGUACGUGUACGGUGGUCGACUGGAUCUCGACACGUUCAGUUCUCGGAUGUUUCGGUUUAAUCUCCUGAACCGGAUCUGGGAGGAGGUCAUUCCGACCGGAGGGAAGAGCCCCGCAGUGGCCGCUCACUCCAUGAUUUUCCACCCGGGUUCACGUACACUACUCGUCUUUGGGGGGCAUCGCGUUUCUCCACGGUUCAGCUUUCGGACAAACACGACCGAUAUUUUUCAUGUGGACGAGCGAUACUGGACCGAGCUGAAAUCCACUCCGUCCCCCAGCAGCCCCAGGGAGCGCGCCUUUCACACUGCCACCAUUGUCGGCAACUACAUGGUGGUAUACGGUGGUAACGUACACAUCCACUAUCAUGAGGAGAAGUGUUACGAUGGAGACAUUUUCUUCUACCACCUGGACUGUCAUCAGUGGGUCUCCAGCGAGGAGCUCAGUCUUUCUAUCAGCUCGGGAGAUGGGCGGGAGAGUAAAUCCUUCCGUGGACGGUAUUCCCACGUGGCUGCAGUGAUGAAUGGGAAUAUCCUGCUGGUUGCCGGCGGUUACAGCGGCCACCCAAUGGGUGACCUCGUAGCGUACAAGGUCCCCAUCUUUGUGUCGCAGGUCUUGGUUCAAAACGUGCACCUGGAUUACUGCUCACUGUACGGGCUGGAGGCCGCUUGUAACAAGGACCCAGAGUGUGUGUGGUGUCAGGCCCAGUGUCAGAGUUACCAGCAGUACAGUCUGCAAACCGAGGCAUAUAAACAACAAGUGGGACAGAAUACCAACACUUCACAGGAGGCGUACUGA